CGUGGCGUAUGCCGCUUGUGGUUGACCUGAGGCCAAGAUCCGAGUCAGUCAGUCGACGCGGUAGAAUCACCACCAUGUCCAUCUUUUUGCCCGAAAAACCUCCGCCUUGCAAUCUGGAAUACGAGCAGAUAGCAUCAUUUUACUGGGAAUUAACCAAAAGAGUCAUGCCUGACAGUAAUGGCCCAAACAUGACACGCCGUUCAUUAUCCCCUUAUCUUUGAAAUUUAAAGGUCCCCAACUAGCCAAAGACUGAGCCCUCCCACCCCAACUGCAGCCACUCUUUCACAGUCCUUACCUCUACAAUAUUCUGGUGUAAACAUGAGGGUAUCAGUACUCUGCAGCGCCACGCUCUUUUCUUGGGCGACCUUCGCCUUUCCCGCGAACCUGCUCAACGGCGAUAUCAGUGAAGCCACACUUGCAGAAAUCACUUCUUUGACGCAAAAGAUCACGAGAGACCUGGAGGCUCAGCGUCAAGGUAGCCAUGUGAAGCGCUCAUUCAAUGCAGAGGCUCAGCGUAUCGAUACCACUGGCGAACACAGAUAUAUUAAGCCAGGCCCCAAUGAUCUCCGUGGACCUUGCCCCGGUCUUAACGUCAUGGCCAACCAUGGCUACUUGCCCAGGAACGGAAUGUCGACAAUCCUGCAAACGGCUACGGCUUCCAACGAAGUUUUUGGUAUGGGCAUUGACCUUUCCACAUUUUUGUCAGUCUAUGCUGCAGUCAUGGCGGGUGACCUUACCACAUUCUCAAUUGGUGGUAAGCCCAAGAGUAGUGGGCUCCUCGGACUCACCUCAUCUCUUGGUCUCACUGGAGCACCGCAAGGUUUGAGUGCGUCGCACAAUCGCUUUGAGCAUGAUGCAUCACCCACGCGAGAUGAUUUGUACUCGACUGGCGAUACCGAUUCUCUCAACAUGGACUAUUUCAAGCAACUCCUUUCCAUGCCCCUCGGGCCAAACGGUAUUGACGAUUCAGUCUUUGCCGCGUACCGCGUUGAACGCGUCAGGCACUCGAUUGCUACAAAUGGACAUUACUUUGCCGGCCCUCUCACGUUCUUCGCGCUCAACCCUGCAACAUAUCAGUUCACCUACCGAUUCUACGCCAACCAUACCGCCGAAAACCCAGUGGGUUACCUUGAUGCCCAGACUUUGAUGGCUUUCCAAGGUGUCACUGAGGAGAACGGCGAAUACAAGUGGAAUCCAGGACAAGAGACGUUUCCUGAAAACUGGUACCGUCGUGUCAUCGGCGAUGAUUACGGCAUCGUCCCCUUUACUGCCGAAGCUGUUUCUAUCGAACUCGCAAACCCCGAACUGAUCCGACUGGGUGGAAACACGGGCGAACCAAACACUUUCACUGGUGUUGACGUCGACGACCUUACCGGUAACGUCUUGAACGCGCAAACCCUUCUCGAAGGAAACAACCUCAUGUGCCUCGCGUUUUCGGCUGCCCUUGAAGCUUCGCCUGACAUUCUCGGAGGAUUAGUUGGCAAUGUCUUGCUCGCUGUGGAGAAGUUGACUGGUGCUUUGGAACCAGUUCUUGCAUUGCUCAACUGCCCCCAGAUCACCAAGUUUGAUACGACCCUAUUCAAGGCUUUCCCUGGUGCUGGAAGUGGGUUGUAAAAGCUGGAUCGCAUGAUCAAGACAAUCAUAGACUUUAUAUCAACUUCAGACCCUCAUGUAUCAAUACCACUACUUUCUUAUGUAUCAUGCUUGUCCCUUUG